UUUAAAUUUGUGAUUUUUUUAUGGAUUCUAAUGAUUUUCUAACACAAACUAUAUUUCAUGGACAUAAAUCUUUGUUAAUGUUUAAUAUUUGUUCUGAAAAGGUUCCAAUUCCUUGGAUUUUCUAAGCGAAUUGUUUUGUUGAUUAAUUGUAAGAGCAGCUCAUGGCAGGAAGAUACUUAAACUUACUACUCUGUUUAAUACAACGUUCUUACGGAAACCAGUUAGUACAAUUUAAACUGUGGCGUUUUCAGCAUCUCAAAUGAUUUCAAAUAAUGGAUAUAAAUAUUUAACUUAAAGUAGUUCAGUAAACGUGUGUAUGCUGAAGAAAAGUAGAAGUACAUAAGUACAGCAGAAAUAAAAAUAAAUUAAUAUGUACCAAUGUGUGUUAGUAAUAUAGUGCACAUACGUACACGUGCAUCAUAAUUGGUUACAAUGUCAACAAAUGCAAAUUAUUUGUUAUUUCAUAAAAUGAAUUAAAAAUUGAAACGAAAAUACUCAAGAAAAAAAUUGUAAAAGAAAUAUCAUCAACAAAAUAAAAAAUAAAUAUUUCGAGAAAAAAAUGUGAAUGUAUUAAUUAAUCUGUUGCCUAGUGAGUGUUUAAAUGUGGAAUUAAUGAUGUAAAUAAUUGAAAAAAAAGUAAAAAAUGGUCAUUAUGAAAUCCUGUUGCUUUUUCAAGAAUGUCUGGAAUGGAAGUGUUGCCUGUGCCAUUUAUACGAUGAUAUAUUUUGCCUUCUCCAGCUUAAUACUACUCAUUUAUGUAAAAGAUGAGUGGGAUUAUUUGGUGGGCCGUCGUCGCACACCCAAAGGAGAGACCAUUAUUGAAAAGGGCGAUAUAACAGAAACUCAUGUGAUAUUUAACAUAAUUGUAUUUAUAUGUUCUAUGGGACUAGUAGCCUCAUCGAUAAUAUUAUUGUAUGGUUUAAAAAGGCAUAAACGAGAAUAUCUAUUGCCCUGGAUACUGCUAAUGAUUGGUGAUGUCUGUGUGGAACUAUUCUAUGCAAUUUAUUUUAUUUUCAGUAAAAGAGCAAAUUUUGAUCCUGUGGUUGGUUUUAUAUUUACCAUAGAUUUAUUUAUUGUUUGUUUAAAUACCUAUUGUUUACUCUGUGUCAUAUCGCAGUAUCAGGAAUACAAAGAUAUUGUUGCAAAUCGUACAAUACCACAGACGAAUUGCACAACGGUUGUGACAUCAGAUGCUGUUGGCUAUAAAUUAAACGACACUGUUGCUGUCACAGAGAAACCGAUUUUAAUGAAAACAUGUCAAUUGAAUCAUCAUCCGCAUCAUCAACAUUCCACAACACGCUUCCUAACACUAACAUCAUCACAUCACUGUUCAAUAAUAUCGCCCAUUCCCGAAGAAGAUGCUUCCGAAACUCAUCUUUAGCGAAUGAAUGAACAAAUAAAUAAUGUUGGAUUUUUGAAUGAAUACUAAGUGUAGUUGUAUUGGUUAAGUGUUGUACAUUUAUUUGGAAUUGUUAUAAAUUCUUGUAAAUAAUUAUAUAAAUAUUAAUUCUUUAAUAUAAUUAAUGAAGAAAAAUAUGUUUUUCUCUUUUUUUAUUGAUAAUUAUAAAUAUAAAAAUAUAAAUUGAAACGCUUGCAGUGUUA